GCCGAGCUGCUCCCUGCGGGAUCAGAGCGCUCCCCCGCCGGGACCCUUCUCUCACAUCCCCCUGCUGGGACGCGGCUACAUUUCCAGCCAAGCACUGCCUGCCUUGGCUUUAUUAUGUGUGUCUGCGCCGCAGCCCCGCCAGCAGAGGCAGGCAGAGGAGGAGGAGGGAGACUGGUAGCCAGAGUCAGGACAAAGAAAAAGCAGGGAGACAGAGGCUAGCGAAGGGUUAGACUGGGAGAAAUAUUAGGCUGCUAUUAAUACUGCCGGUAGAGCUUUGAGAAAUAUUAACAAAAAAAGAGAGGUUGUAAAAGCAGUAUUCCCCUCGGGGUGGAGAUGCUGGGGAAGAGCGCAGUGUCCAUGCCACCACCAGACCACCACCACAGCCUAGUGUAGAUUAACGGGACGGAACACGGCAGGCUGCUCGGUUCGGGUCGGUGCCGCUUUCCUGGAGGAAAAACCAAACCAAAACAGACUGAAAUAGUUUCGAUAAACUAAAAAAAAAAAAAAAAAAAAAAAAAAAAACAGCGAACAGCGCGAGGGAAGAAGCCACGUUUCAAUUUUUGAGAGCAAUUUUCUCCGUCGCCUCUCUUCACCUGGACCGUCACGUAUAACUGCUGCUGCUGCUGCUGCUGUGGCACCGACACCUCACACUCGGACUGUCACUUCUCCCCCAAAACCGCCGCGCGGGACCUUGCUCAGGUGUUUGCCGCGCGCGUGGCUGGCAGCUCGCGCCCCGGUGGAAGAAGUCGGAGCGGCACGAGCGCACGGGCUGCACCGGAGAAAGCAAAUAAACGCGCGCGUUCAAAAAAAGGCAGAAAAGAGCGAGACGUCGGAGCACGUUGUAACGGAGAGGACGGGAAGUUGUUCCCGUUUAUGCUACAGGUUGCGCGAGCCCGAGCGACUGCCGAAGGAGGAAAACGCAUCGGAGUGUCGCCUCCAAGCUCCCGGUGUGUGCGUGCGUGUGUGUGUGUGUGUUUGGUUUGUUGUCGUUGGACUAACGGCCGUUUCCCCCAAAUCAGAGACUGAAGCUGCCGCAUUGCAACAGGCAAAGAAGCAGCAGCGAAGUGGUGGAAGGAGGAGGAAAGACGAGCCGACUGUGUCCGCCUGCAUGGUUAGCUGAAAACACGGAACGGAACAAAAACAAUUAGAGAAUAACAUUAUUUUUUAAGAAAAAGAAGCAGCUCGACACCAGAGAUGUCUAGACGAAAACAGGCCAAACCGCGCUCCGUUAAAGCGGUAGAAGAAGGGGAGUCUUCAGAGUGCGGAGGGACCUGGGAUGAAUCAACUGUCCAGACAGAGGUCCCGGCGUCUGACCGAGAGGCAGAGCCCAAAGAAGGUCAGGGGGCGGGCGGUGAGGAUGGAGAACAAGAGGAGCACGAUGAGCGCGAUGACCGAGAUCAUGACGAUGAACUCGAUGACGAGUCCAUGUUCACCUGUGACAACUGUCAACAGGACUUUGACUGUCUGGCUGAGCUCACUGAACACAGAACCAACCACUGCCCAGCUGAUGGUGAUGAUGACCCAGCAGGGCUGUCCUGGGUGCCUUCCUCGCCCUCCAGUAAAGACGUGGCAUCGCCCUCGCAAAUGCCCGAUGGCUGCUGCGACCUCGGCAUGGCCACCGGCGGCGAGGAGGAAGGAGGCGCCGGGCUGCCGUACCCCUGCCAGUUCUGUGACAAGUCCUUCAGCCGCCUGAGCUACCUGAAGCGCCACGAGCAGAUCCACAGCGACAAGCUGCCGUUUAAGUGUACCUUCUGCAGCCGUCUGUUCAAACACAAGAGGAGCAGAGACCGCCAUGUCAAACUCCACACAGGAGAUAAGAAGUACAGUUGUCAGGAGUGUGAAGCUGCAUUCUCCCGCUCUGAUCACCUGAAGAUCCAUCUGAAGACACACAGCUCCAGCAAACCUUUUAAGUGCAGUGUGUGCAAGCGUGGCUUUUCCUCCACCUCAUCACUGCAGAGCCACAUGCAGGCUCACCGCAAGAACCGAGAGCACCUCGCACUGAGGAGCGAGAGGGAUGGAGGGAAGAAGGGAGACGGUGACCUGGAGCAAGACCUGUUUAUGUGUGAUUACUGCGAGGAGACGUUCAGUCAGACAGACGAACUGGAGAAACACGUCCUGACCAGACACCCCCAGCUGUCCGACCGAGCCGACCUGCAAUGCAUCCACUGUCCUGAGAUCUUUCUGGACGAGGCCUCUCUCCUUACGCAUAUUGAAACACAGCACGCCAACCGCAAACACAAAUGUCCUGUUUGUUCAGAACAGUUCCCAUCUGUGGAGGAUGUCUACUGCCACCUCGACAGCCAUCGCCAGCCUGACUCGUCCAAUCACAGCGCUGCCAGUCCUGACCCCGCGCUGGGCAGUGUGGCCUCAAUGAGCUCAGCCACUCCAGAUUCAAGUGCCAGUCUUGAGAGAGGCUCCACACCGGACUCUACUCUAAAGCCCAUCCAGGGCAUCGAACGGGGCCGCAGAAGAGGCACCGACACUGGGGAAGAGAUCGGGAUAAGUCUGGGUCAUCAAGGUGGAGGUGGAGGAGGGAACUGGGGUAAAGUGACGUACUCUUGCCCUUACUGCUCGAAGAGAGACUUCCACAGCUUGGCGGUUUUGGAGAUCCAUUUGAAGACCAUCCACGCAGAUAAGCCACAGCAGAGCCACACAUGUCAUCUCUGCCUGGACACCCUGCCGACGCUCUACAACCUCAACGAACACGUGCGCAAAGCUCACCGUGCCAGUGGAGGAAACGUGGGCUCGGCACCAGCAGCGUUUCCCCUGCUGCAGUUCACCAACGUCACAGCGUUCCACUGUAACUACUGCCCAGACAUGUUUGGAGACAUCAACUCUUUGCAAGAACACAUCAGAGUGUCGCACUGCCUGCCCGGUGGGAUCGUGGCGGGGUCCACCACAUUAGAGGGGAAUCAUGCCUUCUUCUGCAACCAGUGCUCCAUGGGAUUCUUGACGGAGUCGUCGUUGACUGAACACAUUCAGCAGACGCACUGCACCUCCGCCGCAGGGGGUGGAGCUGCAUCUGGAGGAGCGGUGGCCAAACUGGAGUCUCCUGUACUACAGGCUGCAUCGCAGUCCUUCAUGGAGGUUUACUCCUGCCCUUACUGCACCAACUCUCCUAUCUUCGGCUCACUCCUCAAGCUCACCAAGCACAUAAAGGAGAACCACAAGAACAUCCCGUUGGCUAACAACAAACGGCAGGCAAAGGUAGCAGACCUAAGCCCCGCCUCCUCCGACGUAGAGAUCUCCUCCCCGAAACGACACAGACUCGGAGGGGACUCCACCCCCUCCAUGGGGAGCAACGGGGACUACCCGUGCAACCAGUGCGACCUGCGAUUCUCCAGCUUUGAGGGUUUCCAGGUCCACCUCAAGUCACACCUGGAGAUGCUGCUGAGGCGCCAGUCCUGCCCUCAGUGCAACAAGGAGGACUUUGAAUCCCAGGAGGCAUUGCUGCAACACCUGACAGUGCACUACACCACCACGUCGACGCAGUAUGUGUGCGAGAGCUGCGAUAAGCAGUUUUCCUCAGUGGACGACCUGCAGAAACACCUGCUGGACAUGCACACCUUUGUCCUGUACCACUGCACUCUCUGCCAGGAGGUCUUUGACUCCAAGGUGUCCAUACAGGUGCAUUUGGCAGUGAAGCAUAGCAAUGAGAAGAAGCUGUUUCGCUGCACAGCCUGUGCCUGGGACUUCAGGAAGGAGACAGAUCUUCAGAUCCAUGUGAAACAUAACCACCUGGGCCAGAGGUCAGGCCUCCCAGGGGGGCUCGGAGCAGGACUCAAGCCCCGGAAGUGCAUCUUCUGUGGAGAGACAUUUGGUACCGAGGUGGAGCUCCAAUGCCACAUCACCACACACAGCAAGAAGUUCACGUGUCGCUUCUGCGGCAAAGCUUUCCAAGCCAUCUCGCUGCUAGAAAGACACCUGAGGGAGAAGCACUGCAUCUUUGAUGGUGGCAACAUCACUGGGAAUGGAAGUGGUGCAGGGAGCGGUGGCAGUCAAAAUGGGACGCCCAAUGGGCUGGCGCAGUCCUCCAAGCGAGGAACAGGAAGCGGUGGCAAUGGAGGCACCGGAAGCGUCGAAAGAGCAACAGUGGCGGCGGCUGAACAGGCCGACCUGCAGAACAUGUUGCUGAAGAGCGCAGUUGUGGGAGGAGGAGCCGCACAGGGAGGAGAUACAGCCAACAGCCAUGAGGCAAGCGGAGGGGAGGAGGAGCUGGACAAUUCAGAGCCCAUGUACGCCUGUGAUAUCUGCGGAGCGGCCUACACCAUGGAGUCGCUUCUGCAGAACCACCGGCUGCGAGAUCACAACAUCCGACCGGGAGAAGAUGAUGCUGGUUCUCGAAAGAAGAAGGCGGACUUUAUCAAGGGGAACCACAAAUGCAACGUGUGCUCCAGAACAUUCUUCUCUGAGAACGGCCUUCGUGAGCACGCUCAGACGCAUCGCGGCCCCGCCAAACACUACAUGUGUCCGAUAUGUGGCGAGCGUUUCCCCUCUCUGCUGACCCUCACUGAACACAAGGUGACCCACAGUAAGAGCCUGGACACAGGUACCUGUCGAAUCUGCAAGAUGCCCCUGCAGAGUGAGGAGGAGUUUAUAGAGCAUUGUCAGAUGCACCCCGACCUCCGCAACUCCCUCACUGGCUUCCGCUGCGUCGUCUGCAUGCAGACUGUCACCUCCACCCUUGAGCUGAAGAUCCAUGGCACCUUCCACAUGCAGAAGCUCUCCACUAGUUCUGCACUUGGAGGAGCAGGAGGAGGAGGUGGGAACGGAGGAGUAGGUGGAGGGAGCGGUUCAGCGUCAUCAUCCCCAAACGGGCAGCUGCAGCAGCAUAAGUUGUAUAAAUGCGCCUUCUGCCUAAAGGAGUUCAAGAACAAAGGGGAGCUGGUGAAGCUGGAUGUCAACGGACUGCCUUAUGGCCUCUGUGCUGGCUGCAUGAGCAGGGGCACGAACGGCCAGAGCCCCAGCCAGGGAGGAGCUGCCACGCCUGGGGACACGCCGGGAGAGAAGGCCAUGGCCGGGCUGAGGUGUCCGGAGUGCGGGGUGAAGUUCGAAAGUGUGGAGGAUUUGGAGAGUCACGUCCAGACAGAUCACCCUGAAGUCAGCCCCGAAACCAGCGCAGCAGGAAAGAAGGCUGAGGCUUCCCCUGCGCCUAAGAAAAAGACCUACCAGUGUAUUAAAUGCCAAAUGACGUUUGAGACGGAAAGAGAGAUCCAGAUUCAUGUCGCCAAUCACAUGAUCGAGGAGGGCAUCAAUCAUGAGUGCAAGCUGUGUAACCAGAUGUUUGAUUCACCUGCCAAGCUGCUUUGCCACCUGAUAGAGCACAGCUUUGAAGGCAUGGGAGGUACCUUCAAGUGUCCCGUCUGCUUCACAGUGUUUGUGCAGGCCAACAAGCUCCAGCAGCACAUUUUUGCCGUCCACGGCCAAGAAGACAAAAUCUACGACUGUUCCCAGUGUCCGCAGAAGUUCUUCUUUCAGACAGAACUACAGAACCACACACUGAGUCAGCACGCGCAGUGAGACCGAGGCCCGGCAGGAUCUCUCGGCUCAGCCGGGGCCCCCGACCCGGCGCCGGCAGGGGACUCCCAUCUCCACAUCACAGCCAAUCAAAGUGUCAUUUGCUACUCACAUGUAAAACUCUAACGAUCGCGCCACUGGGCGCGGCUAUUAGGAGCAGCGGGGGAAAGGAAUAUUAAUGGGAUAUGCUAUUAAAUAAAGAAAGGAAAAAGUGGGUGAGAGAAACGGUAAGAGCUAGAUGAAGGAAACAGAGGAGUGAAAAAAGGUAUUGUACGUGCAGUAUUUUUUAUUGUCCCUGCCAACCCCCCCACCCCCCACCAGCUUCCUCCUCCUGCCUUUCUCCUUCCCAACCAUCACUCCCAGGUCAGGCAUUUUAUUUUUUUUAACAAAUAGAAAAGGAAAAAAAGCAAGAGAACACCCUUUGUUUUGGGAUUUUUUUUUUUACAUAGAUUGUAGGAAAAGCUUCACUUUCUCGUCCCCUCAGUUGCUUAUUGUAUUUAACUUCAUAGGUGCCAAUUUCUUUGAUUUUUCUUUCUGCCAUAUGCGCUUAUUUUCUUUAUUUUCAUUUUUUGUACCUUUCAUUUCUCGCCGUAAGUAGGUACUUGUGCUGUGUUGUGGUCGUUUGUUUGCCAGUCGUAAUAUUCUUCAGUUUUUUUCCCCCCAACUCUCCUUUUUAUGAUUAUUGUUAUAUAUUUUUUUCCUUUUUGUAAUUAC